CUGAGGCGUCACCAUUGUUACCUUUGUACUAGUUCAAGUUACUGACCUUGUUGGGGUAAUUAGGGCCACUUGGACCUUCCACCGUAUCGAACCCUGGAACCUGCUCCUGUGUACUGAUUUCACGUAGUAUCAAGGCCUCUGAAAACUUACACCGUAUCGAUCCCUGGAACCUGCUCCUGUGUACUGUCUGUAGUAUCAAGGCCUCUGCAAACUUACACCGUAUCGAGCCCAGGAACUUGCUCCUCUUCACCGAUUUCACGUCUGCAGGAGCACCAACAAGGCUACUGAGAGUUUACACCGUACCGAGACCAGGAAGCAGGACCACAGCACCGCAAAAACUAACAUGUCGAGCCCUAGAAAGUUUCUGGUGGUUGCCAACUGGUCCUCCUCGGUGACCCGAGAUGACAUUGACCACCUGACUCGAAGUCUACUAUCACGACCCCACAAUCCUAACACAGAGGCAGUGGUUGGAUGUCCAUCCUGCUACUUGUCUUAUGCCAGAGACCAACUUCCACCCCAGAUUGCUGUAGCCGCUCAGAACUGUUACAAGGUUGAAAGUGGUAACUUUAGUGGAGAGAUCUCACCGGCCAUGAUUCAUGACUGUGGAGGAGAGUGGGUCAUCCUGGGUCACCCUGAACGCAGGACUAUAUUUAAUGAACCUGAUCAUCUCAUCAGUGAAAAGGUCGCUCACGCCCAAAAAGCAGGAAUUAAGGUGGUGGCAUGUGUAUGUGAGAGGAAGGAAGACAGAGACAGUCAGAGGACAGAGGAAGUAUUGUUUGAACAGAUGGAAUACCUAGGUAGAAGCAUCAGUGACUGGUCAAGUGUAGUGAUAGCGUUUGAGGCAUUGUGGGCCAGCAAUACUGGAAUAUUGGCCACUCCAGCCCAGGUACAGGAGGCCCUGGCCAUGCUGCGUCACUGGCUGCGUCAUAACAUCUCAGACAAGGUGGCCAACACAACUCGCAUCAUCUAUGCUGGUUCAGUCUCCUCCAACAACUGUCAGGAACUAGCUAAGUUGAAGGACCUCGAUGGCUUCCUGGUGGGAAGCUCAGCUCUCAAGCCUGACAUUGUUGACAUUAUCAAUGCCUCAUGUGUGUCCUCUUCAUCACUAUGGGUGAAACAGCAGCAGCUGCAGCAUAUUACUAAACUCAUCUCCCACGUCAAACACAGAGAAAUAAAUAAGCACAAUUCUCUGGUUCCACGUAUGCCUAAGAGAUACAUCUAGGUGUCCCAAUUUAGUAGUUAUUUAUUAC